GCCAGCAGCAUGCCUGUGUAACAGUUUACUUUUAGCCUGACGCUGCGAGCUUAGCUGUCUGCAGCCGUUUGACUUCUCACUUCUUUUCAGCGAGUUGCCACAACAAGUCGACAUGAAGACUCUGGUUGUAGGAGUUGGUGGGAUGACCAACGGUGGAAAAUCUACUCUUUCCAAGAGUCUACACCAGCAGAUACCCAACAGCUGCAUUAUAGCGCAAGACUCCUAUUUCAAGGAUGACUCUGUGGUACCAAUGGACAGCCAUGGCUUUAAGCAAUAUGACAUGCUCGAUGCUCUUCACAUGGACACCAUGAUGACCGAUGUUGACUCGUGGAGACGAGAUCCUGAGUCAUUCUUGAGGCAGUGCGGUCUGAUACCUGAACAAACAACACCGUCGGAGGAAGAGGAGGUGUUUGUGCUGAUUGUGGAGGGCUUCCUCAUUUUCAACCACAGGCCUCUGAAUGAGCUAUUUGACAAAAGAUACUUCAUGGAGAUACCUUAUGAAAUCUGCAAGAAGAGGCGAAGCUCAAGGGUGUACAGGCCUCCCGAUCCUCCUGGAUACUUUGAUGGGCACGUGUGGCCAAUGUACCUAAAGAACCGUCGUGAGAUGGAGGGCAUGGUGACGGGGAUAGUGUUUCUGGAUGGGCUGAAGCCAAAGGAAGAGCUACUGGCUGCUGUGUGUAAAGAUGUUUAUCAGGAAAUAAAAAGGCUGAUGGAGAAGAACUGAAUGAGCUGCAGCGGCACCCUCUGAGGAUGGACUCUGCUGCUCACAUGUGUAUCAGGAAAGUUAAUUUCUGGGACUUAAGUUUGACAGAAAGGACCAAACCAAGUGUUACUUAGGUGUUUUGUGACUUCACUAAUUCAUGUAAACAAAUUUUAACAGUAAAUAUUACUGACAGAAACCCAAAGAACUGUAGAAGACAUAAUGGAUGCUGUAGCAUUUGAAAUAGUCCAGCUGGAGUCUGGACAGAAAAUGUAGAAACACUAACCUCAUGUAUUUUUUUUUUAAGUAAUGGACAGUAUUUAAGAGUUAGGAACUGAAAUAGAUGAAGUUUUAAAAAUAUGUAGCUCUGAUUUUAACAAAAUCUUUUAGCUAACACAAAUGUACAUAUAACAUUAAGCUGUGAUGUAACUUUGAAUAACAAAAUACUAAUGUGUGCAUUGUUACCAAAGAUUAGACUCUCUCACUCACCUUAGGAUAUUUUAUUAAAAAAUGGAUAUGCAUGGAGUGACCUGAGUGAACUUUAUUUUUUGUUUCACAUUUUGAUCAGUUAUGGUUUCACUGCCAAAUGUUUCUUUAGUACACAUAUUCCUACAGAAAGUUUUUAAAAAUCCUACUCUUCAUCCCGUUGAGGUCCUCAAAGAAUAUUUUGAUUGGUUAAUAAAAAUAUGUAAGUUUUACUUCUGUUCAGCAUGCUAUUAACAUGAAAUCCAAUCAGAUGUGUUCUAUUUUCCUUCACCCAUCUGUGUUUCUCUGAUCACUUCAUUAGGUACACCUGUUCAGCUGCUCAUUAACACAGAUAUCUGUCAGCCAAUCACAUGGUGGCAGCCAGUGCAUUCAGGCAUGUAGACAUGGUCAAGAUGCAAAGCAUCUGAAUGGGGGAAAAAAGGUGAUGAAAUGACAUUGACCAUGCCAUGGUUGUAAGAUAUUAGGCUGUUUGUGUUAGUUAGCAAUUGAGCGGGGGUUCCCAAUUAAGUAAUUAUUUGUAUCUCUCUGUGUUUUUGUCUGUUUCCUCUUCAGGAGAGUAAUACCAACUAAAGCAGGCAAAUUUGAUAUACUUUGAUACUUUGAAACGUGUUUUCGAACGAUGCAAACCAAAGCUGCCACAUGAGAAUUAAAGAGGGAGGGAGCAUUCUUUCUAAAUUUCAAAAAUAGAUCAGCAAAAUGUGUUUCAGUGCUGAAACAUUGCCGCAGUGCCACAUUUGUGCAACUGAGACCUUGUGAAAUACCUUCCUUGCAUGUUUCUGCUAAAUAAAGAGAAAAUGUUCAUUGUGA